GAUGCUUAUAUAAAUUGUCAUCUCAUUAGCAGGAUUAUAAAUUAUGGGCAGCAUUGAAAUUAGAUGGCAAUUAAUUUUCAUCCAUCGAUAUAUAAAUAAAAUUAUAUAAUUAGCCUAGAGAUUUAAAAAUAGGAGACAUUAUAAUAUUAGGAAAUGUGAGAAUGAAUUCGAGAUAACUAAAGCAAGCUUGGAACUGUUAUUCUAGUGUAAGAUCAAGAUUUACUUUGAAUUCUGA